GGGUCUUCUCCUUGCGGCUGAAGAAAAAGCAAUCAGGGCUGUGGCUGACCUGAAAGGAAUUCUCUCUCUCUCUCUGACUGGUCCAUUUCCAAUAUUAAUUGCUCAUAACUAGCCUCGAUUUCAGCUUAACCUCGAGCUUUGACUCCAUAUGAAGUGCACUGACCAGGUUUCGGCUUGGAUUUGCUGUUAAUCCCGCUUAAGCCCCAGACUUCUUAUAUUUUGAGACAAGAAGCUGGCAAAUUCGAGAUCCAAACCAGAAACUUCCUAAUCCCAGUCCGAUCGAUUAUCUAGGCUAUGGCAAGUGAGGAUCAGCGGCCAUGGGGCUACAAAUGGCGGUCAUCUAAAGGCUUUAUAACCUCAACUAUCAUCAUCGCCUUGUAUACUGAGACCUUCCUUUAUGGCUUUGUGGUUCCCAUAUUAGGGUACAUGCUUGAGGCUCGCCUUCGCAUGGACCCAUCGAAAACUCAACGGAUGACCACUGCCGUACUGACCGUUCAUGGCUUCGUAUCUCUCGUCUCCGCGCCCAUCAUCGCUCAUUUUGCCGACCAAACGCCCAAUCGAAAGGCUCCGCUGCUGAUGGCUCUCGCGGGAUGUAUCAUAGGCACUCUGCUGGUAGCCUCCACUUUCUCCAUCGAGACGCUUUUUAUUGGUCGUGUUUUGCAGGCAAUAGCCGGUAGCGCCGCCUGGAUUGUCGGUCUUGCGACUUUGAGCGAGAAUGUAGGCCUAGAGAAUAUGGGAAAGGUGCUAGGGCUGUCUAUGACCUUCGUGACAGCCGGCCAAAUCAGUGGCCCUAUUGUUGGUGGUACUCUUCUAGAACUGGUCGGGUAUUGGCCAACAUGGAGUGCUCCUAUGAUAGCCCUUUUUCUGGACAUGAUCGCCCGUCGACUCAUGAUCGAAAGGGGAGUGGUCGACUCGUCAUCGCCCUUAUCCUCUAAAUCAAUUGCUCCUAGUGAUCCUGAGGACCGCGAAAGGGCGCCGCUGCUUCCACCAUUGUCCGACAAUAACCAGUCCGGGGAGGUCAAUGGAGCCCCUGCAGAAACCCAGCAGAUAGACUCACCGGGCUCCUUUUACCGUACGAUGCUCAGCGAUGCUCGCGUCGUAGCCAGCGUCGCAAACGUACUUAUUUUCUCGACUGUCAUAUCCGCUUUCGACGCUACUCUCCCCUUGCAUCUGCGCGAUGUCUUCCACUGGAACACCCUCUCGGUGGGUCUCAUCUUUCUUUCUCUCCAGGUUCCGUCGAUGCUUCUUGGUCCUGUAAUCGGCUGGUUUCGCGACCGAGCCGGCGUCCGAUAUCCUGCCACGAUAGGCUGGUUGCUCAUGGCCCCGCUCCUGUGGUUCUUGGGUGUUCCGGGCGAGGAGCGUUUCCCUUGGGCCAGUCCGGAGACCAAUGGCGAAACUAUGUUUGUCGUUGGCUUGGUAGGUAUCGGUAUCGUGAUCACCUUGGUGCGUGGUGCGGGCACGGUACAGUUAGUUGCCGUCACCAAAGACAUGGAAACUAAGAAUCCCAAUAUAUUCGGAGAGUUCGGGGGUAGUAACCGGAUAUUUUCCAUGACCGAAGUGGCAUUUAGUCUGGGAUCAAUGUUGGGUCCAUUGAUUUCGGGUACUCUGUCCGAAGCUGUUGGCUACUUUUAUAUGAAUAUCGUCCUGGGCUCAAUCUGUCUGCUCGUGGCGUUAUCGUGCUUUUUAUACUUCCGAGUCUAGACAGGGAACAGAACUUUCACUUCGAUGAAGAUAUUGCUUUUAGUUGGUCAAGGAUUUUUACGAAAAGUUUUGUGGCGUUUAAUUUGGUUAACAGGCAUGUGUACAAUCUAAAGACCAGAUUGGACAUGAUGGCUAAAGCAUAAUUUUGGGCGAGAGAAGGCCACUAACCUAUGCAUAUAGCUUUUUAUCGAGCAUAUGAAACAUAUA